AUGGCUGGCGGUUCUAUACUCGGCGGCCUCCUCUCCAACAAAACCCGAUACACAGACGUCAAAGCCUUAACCAGACAAAUCCUAACUCACCUCAAAGCCAAUCGCCUUAAAGAAGCAGUUUCUAUUCUCUUUGCAUCUCCUGAUUGCUUCUCUUAUUCCCUUUACGCCCAUCUCUUCCAGCUUUGCUCGUCCAAUCUCGAUAUCAUAGAGGCUCGAAAGGUUGAAUCACAGCUAUUUGGUGCCUGUCCAACGCCUCCAACCUUCCUUUCGAAUAGAGCCAUAGAGGCUUUCGGGAAAUGCGGGUGUUUGCCGGAUGCUAACGAACUGUUUGAUGAAAUGCCUCUAAGAGAUGGUGGAUCUUGGAACGCCAUGAUUAAGGCUUGCUUGCAAUGUGAGAGCUCCGAGAAAGCGUUGAGUUUUUUUCAGGGUAUGCAUAAGGAAGGGGUUUGUGCGAAUGAAGUUACUUUUGCUAGUGCUUUGGGAGCAUGUGGUGAUGUACUGGAACUAUGUCUUUCGAGGCAACUUCAUGGGCUUGUUGUGAAAUAUGGGUUUCGUGGGAAUGUGAUUUUAGAGAGUUCGCUUGUUGAUGUGUAUGGUAAGUGUGAAACCAUGAGUGAAUCAAGGAGGAUUUUUGAUGAGAUUGAGAGUCCUAAUAAUGUCACUUGGAAUAUUAUUGUUAGAAGGUAUCUUGAGAUGGGUAAUAAAAAUGAGGCAGUGAUCAUGUUUUUUAAGAUGUUUCGUGCGGAAGUUAGGCCAUUGAGUUAUACCUUUUCUAAUGCACUUGUUGCAUGUUCGGAUAUGCGUGCAGUGAAGGUGGGAAUGCAGAUCCAUGGAGUUGCAAUUAAGAUUAAAUUUGAUGAGGAAGAGGUAGUUUUGGGUUCACUUAUUGAUAUGUAUGUAAAGUGUGGGAACAUAGAAAGUGCUCGUAGAGUUUUUGACCUGCCCGGUUCAAGAGAUUUGAUCUCUUGGACUUCAAUGGUGUCGGCUUACGCAAUGAGUGGGAGACUGAGAGAGGCAAGAGAACUUUUUGAUGAGAUGUCUGAACGGAAUGUGAUCUCAUGGAAUGCAUUAUUGGCAGGAUACACUCGUUUCCUGCAAUGGAAAGAGGCAUCGGAGUUUGUUUAUCUGAUGGGUAGGACAGCUGAAAACAUUAAUCGCAUCACCUUUCAAUUGAUGCUUAAUGUAUGUGGUGGCCUAUCAGAUGUUGACACGGGGAGGCAGAUACAUGGGUCCAUUUAUCGACAUGGUCUAAGUUCCAACAUUGUUAUUGGAAAUGCCCUUCUUGACAUGUACGUCAAAUGUGGAAACUUGAGAAGUGCUGCAGUUUGGUUGCGUCAGAUGAAACAGUCACGUGGAGCGGCUCGGCCCAUGAAUUCAUCUGGCAUUAUCGUUUCCGAGUAA